AUGUCUUUGAAACAACUUGUUGAACAGUGGCUCUUAUGGGAUCGUAAUCCUGAAACUCGAAAUGUUAUUGAGAAACUUUAUAAAUCUGGAGAUGAGGAUCAAUUACAAUUACUUCUUGCUCAUCGAAUGGAAUUUGGUACCGCUGGACUUCGAGCAAAGAUGGGACCUGGUAACAGUCAAAUGAAUCCUUUGACCAUUAUUCAAACUACCCAAGGUUUAGCUGCUUAUAUGAAAACUACAUUUACCUCAGAUCAACUUUCCUCAAAAGGUGUGGUGAUUGGUUUUGAUGGACGUCAUGGUAGUAGCUAUUUUGCACGAUUAGCUGCUAAUGUUUUUCUUAACGCUGGUAUUCGAACUUUUCUUUUUGGAAAAGUGGUACCCACUCCUUUUGUUCCAUUUACGAUUCGUCAAAUGGGUUGUGUCGUUGGUUUAAUGAUAACUGCGAGUCACAAUCCUAAAGAAGAUAAUGGAUAUAAAGUUUACUGGAAUAAUGGUUCACAGAUUAUUCCUCCCCAUGAUAAGAAUAUUUCAAAAUCAAUUAUGGAAAACUUGGUUCCACUUGACUCUUCAUGGGAACUUACACCAGGAGUUACUGAUCCUUUUGAUAAAAUAUGGUUGGAAUAUUUUGCUACACUUAAGUCUGAAUAUAAACCCUUGACAGCAGAUUAUUCUGUAAAAUUCACGUACACACCUUUACAUGGUGUGGGAUGCCCUUUCACUCUUAAUGCGUUAGAAACGGUAGGAAUUAAACGAAAGGAUAUCAGUGUGGUAAGUUUACAAGCUGAACCUAAUCCAGAUUUUCCCACCGUUAAAUUUCCUAAUCCAGAAGAGGGAGCAGGAACUCUUUCUCUAGCAAUGGAGACAGCUAAUGAAGCAGGAUCAAAUUAUAUUUUAGCCAAUGAUCCUGAUGCUGAUCGUCUUGCUAUAGCUGAGAGACAAAAAGAUGGUACAUGGCGUAUAUUUAAUGGAAAUGAAAUUGGUGCAUUACUUGGAUGGUGGACUAUUUUUCACGCCCGUAAAUGUGGAGAAUCUCUGGAAAAUUGUUAUUUUUUGUCUAGUACAGUGAGUUCAAUGAUUCUUCGUUCUAUAGCUACUAAAGAAGGUAUUCAUUUUGAAGAAACACUUACUGGUUUUAAAUGGAUGGGAAGUUUGGCAGAAUCUCUUUCUCGAGAAUCAUCAGCUCGUGUUAUUCUUGCCUUUGAAGAAGCUAUUGGAUAUAUGUUUGGUACACGUGUAUUGGAUAAAGAUGGUGUUACAGCUGCCGCUGUUGUAGCUGAUAUGAUUGGAUACAUUAAAAAAGAAGAAAAUGAAAAGCAAUUAUCUGAAAAACUUAUGGAAAUUUAUCAAACAUAUGGAUAUCAUUUUACUUGUAAUUCAUAUGUUAUUGCUAAAGAUCCCAGUCGUGUGAAGGAAAUGUUUAAAGCAAUAGGAAUAAUGAAUAGUGGAUCAUAUCCUGUUGAAGUGGCUGGAGCUCGUGUUCUUCACAUUCGUGAUUUGGCAACUGGAUUAGAUACCAGAAAACCUGACAGGCGAGCGACACUACCAGUAUCAGCAUCAAGUCCAAUGUUGACGUUUUAUUUUGAUAAUGGUGUUACAAUGACUUUACGUGGCAGUGGAACUGAACCCAAAUUAAAAUGGUAUGCCGAACUUAUCACAGAUGAUGCAUCACGAGAAAAAGAAUUCUCUGUAUUUGUGGAUGAGGUCGUUGAGGAACUUGUGCGUCCCACUUAUUACAACUUUAUAAGACGGUCAAAGAUGUAA